AUGCUACGUAUUCGGGCCAAUGUAACAAUUGACAACAAACAUGUCAGUGUGAGGCUCGAAAACCCUCAAACGUUUACAACAGGAAGCCAAAGAAAUGUUGCAGUGAAUGUAGGGCCUCAAAACACGAGGGCGAUUGCGUUUCGGGGCAUUUUGGCUAUAAAAGGUGUUAUCGUUUACGAGAUCCAAAACGUGACGCAAGUACCUUAUUAUCUCGUAAUCACAUGGGUCGUCAAAGGCUGGCUGAAACGUGGGAGAAAUUCAGUAACAUGCCAUGUGCUCAAUAAUUUGAAUACACCGCUUGAACAGUUGUAUAGACAGCUACACACGCGACAAAACAGACAAUAUGUUGGAGCAACCGCUAUUCCUAUGCAUCCAUUUGCGUACCGUAUUUCCGGAGGAAUCAGCAAUGGGGCCAACGCACAAAUAGAUGUCACACUUCAAUGA